GGAAACAUUCCCCCUUGCCCACAUUAAAGACAUAAAAAAGAAAACAAACAGAAAAACAUGUCUGACAUAAAGAGGCUGGUUUCCGCGGCGACAGCACAAUGGCUGCCUGUGGCUCUCGGGGCCCUCGCCGUCCCGUCUGGGGCCCGGCACCAGCGAAAGUCACCACAGUCACAGGGCCCAUGAGCAUGUGUGUGUGUGUGUGUGUGUGUGUGUGCGUGUGUGUGUGUGUGUGUGUGAAACGUGGUGAAUGUCAUCACAGGCCUAGUACUGUGGGAACCGCCAUGAAAGGGACCCCACUCGGAAGCCACAAAAGUUCCUUUCUGCUUCUUCUCUUCGGCUUUUAGCCUCUUUAUUUAUUUGUGUGUAGGGGCGCCGGAUGAGGAGGGAGGUCUCUCUCUCUCUCUCUCUCUCUGUUCUCUCUCUAUGUCUCUCGCUCUCUGACAGGCAGCAUGACCCAUCACUGCAGCCCUCCUGCCCUCUUGACACCUCAAAUCACAGCAGCCACUAUCUCAAACACAUAUACUGACUGUGUCUAACCCUAUUUCUCUGGAGGUUUAUUCACACCUCAUAUCAGCUCAAUCAGAUCAUUAAAAACACAAUGCAGCUCUUUGGAAGCACCCUAUAGGAACAAACCUGGUGUUCCCAGGAAUGCCUCAUGUAUCCAGGUUAUUCCGAGUGAAUCGUAGAGACGGCCAGACAGGCAGAGCCACAGGUCCCAGGCAUUCCUUAUGUGUCUGAAGGACAAAUAAUUCCCUCAUGGGUCCAGCCUGUACAGUGCCAAGAUACUCUGUUGCCAGUUCCCAUGCCAAUCCAAUCUUGACCCCAGCGACUGAGCGCCCAGCCACAGGCUGACUACUAUAAAGGCCUCAUACCAAUAAGAAAUCAACAGAUUUUUUGGGUGUAUGUCAACAGCACUUGCAUACAGCAGGGAAACAUGCAGGGCUCCUUUGACCACAAUUGGCCUUUCAUAUAUUCUCUGCAGGGGUCCUAGACAGUGAACAAACAUUUGAUUUUGACUAAUACUAUUUGAUUACAUCUGAGGAGUUAUUUUUGGGUACUGUGUUAUUCAAAAGAUAUAUUUACAAACACCAGUGCCAUUCUUAUUAACAUAUCUUCAUAUUUUUUGAGGAUGUAAAUAUAAGUAAGUAAAACUUUAGCACUUUUUAAAACCAUGGUUAUAAAGUGCUUUACAGUUACAAAAAACAAAAGAACAAUAAAAAUUAUGAUAAAAAGCAUUUGAAUGAAUAUUUAAAUCAAAGGCAAGCAAGAAUGGUUAAAGAAGUACAAUUUAGUGGCUGGCCGUCUAGGUUUUGCUACCUCAUGUCAUAAAAUGUUGUCAUCUUUGUAUUUCCUCUUGCAUUAUCAUAAACUUGCUUGUGAUUUCAAUGUGUUGGUCUGCGUUAAUGCAAGAUUUUCUCUAUGUUUUUGUAUUAGUGAAAACCAUGUGUCUCCAUAUUCAAGUUUUCUGAUAAAUUGAAAGAUUAUCUUCUACCUUUUGUGUUGAGAAAAUUCUCUUACAUCUGAGGCAAAAAACAAUCUUUAAAAAAAAAACCACAUUAUUGCAAAAUGUAUUGUCAAUGAGUUUAAAACAAGUCUGUUUUUCUUAUUCCAUGAAAAAGUGAUAUUUUGGAUAUACAUAUGAGGGUCAAACAUGCUCUAAAUUUAGUUUAUGAAAAUUAUGAUGUAUUUCAGCUCAUUUUACCUUCAAUUUAAUUCAGUUGAUUUAAUUGAUUUUUAUUCCAACUUGUUUUGUGUCUUUUUCAUUGAAAGUCUCUUUAUGCCUGUAAAUCACUGAAAAUAUUACAAAUUCGCAGUUUUAAAAAUGUCUUUCAAAAAAGUUUUAUGGUCUAGACAUAAAACAGCACUUUCAACUGGUUAUCCCAGCUUGUCUCCGCAUGAUAGAUAAAUAAAGUAAAUCAGUGUGAGAAAUAAAAUGCACCGAAAUAAUACAAGUUUACUUAUUUUUCUCUUUCAACGGGUUACAUUCUUUUGAGAGUUUUUUUUAACACUGGAGUGUCCACAUUUUAUUUAUUAUUUAUUAUUGAAAGUUGGUUUUCUGUUGCUGAAAAACAGUACAAAUGAUGCAGUGAGACAUAUCUGAUCAGUUAUUCAGUUUGACAUGAAUGCAAAGGAAAAGUUACAAACAAAAUAUCCUGCUGAGCUGGUUCCAUCUCACAGACUUUCAAACAAUAGCAAUAGUCAUGCAUCAGGAACAAUAAUUGCAGCUGAGUGUUUGUGCCUUAUAAAUUGUGGGUAUGCACUGUCCACAUUCGUGUAAAGGAGUUGCGUGUGUGUGUUUGUAUGAAUCAGGUCAUGGCCCAUGUGUGUGUAUGUCCCUGAGCAUUCACACGUUCAUAUUCAAAUUGCGCAUGUGUGCGUGUGUGCGCAAAUUGUAAAAGUAUGAGCUUGUUAAUUUCAAUAAGGGACGUUGCCUUGUUGUGGUUUGGAGGGAUGGGAGGGAGAGGACUUGAAGUGGCCGACCAAGAUCGCCAGAAAUCUCCCAGAAUUCCAUCCCACCAUCCAGUGCCAGCUCUCUCUCUCUCUCUCUCUUAUGUUUCUCUCCAUCACCCUCCCUUCACACACCCCCACCAUGAAACCAUUUUCAUAAUUAACUUAUUUAUUUAUUCAUUCAUCUUCUUAAUUACUUUCCACUUUGUGCAUGUUUUCCAUGCAACUUGCCUCAUCUUGGAACAACUGGGAGGUGUGGCCCGGCCAAAAACGAUGAGUGAAACCAGAGUGAUUUAAUUUUUUUUUUUUUUUUUAAACAAGAAAGACUGGUGAUACAGAGGAGAACUUUAUUCUUUGAAGAGAAGGGCGGGUGGGUGAUAAAAAUAACAACAGAGAAGAGACUGAAGCCUGACUUCAUAGAUGUCUCUUUUCUAUCAGCCUCUUUCUUCCCUGUUUUCUAAUGCUGAAAUUAGAUCCAGAUCUGAAUUAAGGAAUGAUUGGUAAUGAAAGGAUAUGUAGACCAGGGGAGGGGGCUGCUUGGGUGGGGGUGGGUUUCUCUUUUCUGUUAGUCCUGACUCAUACUCACCACACCAUAAUCCCCCCUGGUGAUGGUCACACUGAUUACUGACACUUGGGCAUUACAAACACACGCACAUGCACAUGUUUUAAGUUAGUUUAUUACUUUACACGUAUGAUAUGAUAAAAUGCAGGCGGGCAAGGCUCAGUUAGGCCUACAUCUAAAGCAAGUGAAAUAAACAAGGCUGUUGAAAAGCACAUCAUCUUAAAAGAGACAAAGAAAAAGAAACAUCUGGAGUAAGAGAAAUAAAUCAAAAUACACCUGAUUUUAUUUACAAAGAGCUCACAACUUACAGGACCAAAAUAAGUACAAAAAACAUACACAAAGAUCAUGCCUGCAUGCAUUGUAGCAUGUUUAAACUAACACACCCUUCCAGUCUGCCAGGCAGGAAGAGACACACUCAGCUGGGCAUUGUGUGUAAGGGGGCAUGCCACUUGGCCUCUCUCUGUCUUUCACACACACAUAUGCACACACUGCUGGGUCAGUCAGGCAUCGCUCCUAACAACAGGCGCCUGGGCUUCGUGUUUCCAUGGCAAUCUGUACCAGCAAUCUUCCCACGGUGGCAGCGGAACUAAGUGUUAAGUGUUGCAAGGAACCGCGUGCGUGAGCAUACAGAGAGCACUAUCUUGUCCAGUGAAGAGCCCAGAUGUUCGGACACUCACUGAGCUGAUUCCUCUCUUGACACCUCAGUACCUGCCCUCAUCUCUGCACACACUGACACAUGCAAGACAGAUCUAAAAAGUUUGGAAGAUGUUGAGUCUGCGCCUUAGCUCCUAUCUUGCUUUCUCAAUUAGCAAGAUUUCUUGAUGUCAUGAUUUUAGAAAAAAAACACCGGCAAAACUUUGUCAAAAGUCACAUUUUCAAAAAACAAUAAUCAGCAGUUGCAUGGUUGGUGUAGCCUAUAUCUGUAUAAUUCUAUGAUUCCCAACCAGAUGUAGGCUACUUAUAGUUUUGCUAAUAAUACACAGUUGAAAUAGUUAGCUAACAGUAAUGGAUAAUAUAAUUAAAACCUCUACCUUCUGCCACUCCUAGUAGUAGUAGUAUAUAUGUAAACUUGACCAAUGCAACCUAGACAUCGACAAUUCAACUGUAUGACAAAAAAAUAUUAUAACAAUAAUCAUUUCUAUAUAAUUAAAUUGUGCUAAAAAAACAUAAAUUCAUAAGAACAGAUUUGUAGCAUGGCGAGUGAUGUUGUUCAGUAAAUCAGUGAAGCGAUUGGGAAUUAAUGGUGUAAAUUAUUUUACACCUUAGUAAGCAGUAUUAAAGCAAUAUGAAGUAUUGCUUAAAGGUACAGUGUGUAGGAUUUAGUGGCAUCUAACAGUGAAACUGCAGUUUGCAACCAUUUGAAUACUGCUUGCAUCACCCUCCCCUUCCAAGCGUCUAAGAGAUACUAUGGUGGCUGCAAAAAAUGCAAACGGCCCUAUCUAGAGCCAGUGUUUGGUUUGUCCGUUUUGGGCCAUUGUAGAAACAUGGUGGUGCAACAUGGCGACCUCCGUGGAAGGGGACCCGCUCCCCAUGUACAUAAAAACGGCUCAUUCUAAGGUCAUGAAAAAAAAUUUUCAGGUGAUUAUACACAUAAAACACAUUUAUAAAUGUUAUAUUCCAUUUCUGCCAAAAGCUCCUCCUAAAUCUUACACACUGGACCUUUAAGGAUGGAGGGAAGAAAUAUGCAUGCUUUUCUGAUUUUUUUUUAAAUAAUGUGGUUCUUCGCUGAUCACUGACAGCUGCCUAGAGGUCAUGGGUUACCUAUCUUUUUAUCACUGCAGUAGUGUUUUCUCUCUCUGCUGUUUGUCUCUCACACUCACUCACAAAAAGUAGUUCAAUAACUGUGAGAGUCAAGCUUUAUGCACUGUCACACACUCCCCUGUAGAUGAUGGAGUGUUUUCACAGUCCAUCAUUCCCACACUCCUCACCUCUCUCCUUCCCUCCCUCCCGCUGCCAUUGUUCUAUAAUGCAGUUUAAUUAAAGGAGCAGAAAGAGAAAGAAAGGGGGAUAUAAAGAAGGAAGGAAGGAGAACAGGAUGAGAUUGGAGGCUAAUUGACUGAGGAUGACUGAGCAAAGGGGUGGAAAGAUGGGGCCGGGGGGGUAGGGAGGGAGGUAAGGAGAGUGACAAGCCAGGGAAGGCAGGGAGGAGGGACAGGGAGAAGAGGCGGGGGAGCCAAAACUGGCAACCCUGCCCCAACUUCCAAAGUCCUAUUUUGUCAUUGGGUGGCUGUGACAGAGAGAGGGAGCCAAGAGAGAAAUAACAGAGAGAGAGAGAGAGAGAGAGAGAGAGACUAUGAUUGGAUGCCAGUGAUAGAGUAAAAGACUAAAGCAGCUUGUGAAUUUUCUUAGUUGCCAUGGGCCCUUGGGGGUCGAUCAAGUGGCACUGCUGACUCACAGAGGAAAGGACAGAAGACACAUGAAGAAACAACAACAACAACAACAAAAAAACCCAAACACAAGUGACAAGAAGUAACUAAGGACAACAAGGCUUUUAUAAGUAACAGAGCAAGAGAAGCAGAGACUGAGGGGCACACAAGGGCGAGUGUUUCGUCCAGAGGGGAGACGGUCUUCAGUGUGUUGCCUCCACGCAGCAGAGAGAGAGCGGCCGACAGGAUCACAGAAAUCCAUCAGUCUAUCAUCUAUCCAUCCAUCCAUUAGUCCAGCCAGUGAGGAAGGGGCAGAGACAUGAAGAGACCUCACGACUACAGCUCCCCAGACUCGGACACAGACGAGUUUAUUGACGUGGGACAAGAAGACGGCUAUUGCCCAGUCACCGGGUCCAUGUCUCCUGGCAGCGCCUCGCAGAUUCUGGCUCGAAAGAAGAGAAGAGGGAUCAUAGAGAAGAGGCGUAGAGACCGGAUCAACCACAGUCUGUCAGAGCUCAGGAGACUGGUGCCCAGUGCUUUUGAGAAACAGGGUUCAUCUAAGCUGGAGAAAGCAGAAAUCCUGCAGAUGACUGUGGACCACCUCAAACUUCUGCAUGCCAUGGGAGGAAAAGGUUACUUUGAUGCGAGGGCCCUGGCAGUUGACUACAGGACCCUGGGCUUUAGGGAGUGUGUUGGGGAAGUGGUGCGGUACCUCAGCUCCCUUGACGGGGAGUCCCCAGACCCUGUAGGAGCCCGCCUGGUUUCCCACCUUUCCCACUGCGCAAGUGAGCUAGAUCCUCUCCUCCUACAGUCGCCCCCGGCCUCUGCCCUGCCCUUUCCUCCUUGGCCGUGGGCAUCCUUCCCUCAGAUCUCCCCCACCUCACAGGCCUCCUCCUCGCCUCCUUUCCCCAGUGGGCGAAGGGAUCUGGCCCUGCUGGGGAGCUACCCGUCGCCCGCCUCCCUCCGUCUUGCCCCCCUGGCUGGCUGCCAGCAGGGCGCACCACCACUACUCGCGCCUACAGCCCUGGCCACCGUCCACAGGGUGCCCUCCCACGCAGCGUCCCCGGCCCUAGCCCCCUCCAGACCGACCCAGCCUUCCCCUCACAGCGCCACAAGGGCCUCGCCGCUUCCUCUCCUCACCCCUUCCUCUUCCUCUCCUUCUACCUCCUCCUCCUCUUCUAUUUCAUCAUCUUCUGCCCCACUGCAAGUCUCUUUCAGGCCCUUCGCACCUUUGGGGUCUCCUGCAGCCCAGCGCAGGGGCUUGAGCGGAUCAGCCAAGUCGGCCCAGGGAUGGGGGACUGAGAUUGGAGCGUUCUGAGGGUCGACUCUGGUUUUGUUUUCCAAAUGAACUCAGUGCAGUGGACAUGGAACUUCCCAUGUGCACCAUGUAGCAAAUAUGAUACCUUUGGAAAAAGAAGUAGUGAACCUUUGCUUGUCUCUGCUUUUGAGGGACUCUAAAAGCCAUAUCAGACUGAGGGUAAAGUGUCAGAUAAUCACAAACAAUCAUAUAUAAUGGAAUAAUGAAGGAAUGUGAAAGAAUAGAAGAUUUUAAUAAAUUCACAUUCAUGAUCUUGCUUGACAAAUACACACAUACAGUGUCCAACAGAGCCAUAUGUGUGUAUAUAUAUAUAUAUAUAUAUAUAUAUAUAUAUAUAUAUAUAUAUAUAUAUAUAUAUAUAUAUAUACACACACUCAACAGAGUGACGUUGAGUUUUUACUGAUCUUUUAACUGUGAUAUUUGUUUUUUUCCCAAAACAUUUAUACAUUUCAUUGCAUUUUCAAAUUCUGAUGAAUGUUUGACAAAAAUCUCUAUAAAGACUAAGUGCCUUUA